AUGAGCAAGAACCCAGCAGAGCCAGAUUUGUCAAAAGUGCAAUUCAAUCCAUCCGAAUCGUUGACUUUCUACCUUGUCCCGAAGAGGCAACAGUGCAAUGUGGAGAUCACCAACAAUUCUACAUCUUGUGUGAUGAUCAAAUUCAAAAACACCAAUCCUGGUAUUUUAAACACACGUCCAGGAGAAGCUAAAAUAAAAGCUGGGGAGAGAUGUGUUAUUCGAGCAAUCUUCAAAGGAGCCACAAAGGAAGAGCUGGUAAAAUGUCACAAGAUUUUUGGACAAAGAUACACUGUGGUCAUUCGCGCUGUCCCAGAAAAUGCUAGCCCAGAAAGUAUUCGGAGGAAAAGUUGGGCAACAAUGAAGCAUAAGUUUCUUGUUUUGUUCAAGGACGUAAACGAAGAGAAAAAGAAGGAAGAGUCAGAUGAACCACAGAAAGAAGCUUCAAAGAUGGUGCCAAAGCCGUCGAGCACAGAGAAAGUUGAAAACAAGGAUACUGAAAAUAAAUAG